AUGACCACCUUUGAGAAACUUUCCAAAUAUGUGGAUGAGAACCAGAAAUUCUACAUUGAGCGUCUCGCUGAAGUAGUUGCCAUUCCGAGUGUCAGUGGUGAAGCCGCACGACGACCAGAAGUCCACCGGAUGGGUCAGUGGCUCGUUUCGGAGCUGAAACGUCUUGGAGCGAGUGUCAACAUCCACAAUCCGGGGAAACAAACAUUGGAAGGCAAAGAGCUCGAACUUCCUCCAAUUGUUCUCGGGCAAUAUGGAUCCGAUCCCAACAAGAAAACUGUGCUUGUUUACGGUCAUUACGAUGUCCAACCUGCCUUCAAGGAGGACGGAUGGGCCACUGACCCUUGGACAUUGGUGGAGGACGAAAAGGGCCGUUUGAUCGGGCGCGGAUCAACAGAUGACAAGGCACCGGUCAUCUCUUGGUUGUGGGUCAUCGAAGCACACCAGAAACUCGGACUCGAGAUGCCCGUUAAUCUGAAGAUGUGUUUUGAAGGAAUGGAAGAGUCUGGAAGCGAAGGCUUGGACGAGUUCAUUUACAAGGAAGCCAAGGGCGAGUUCUUUGGAGAUGUGGACUGCGUCUGUAUCAGUGACAACUGUAAGGAAUUUCAUCUUGUCCAGGUUACCGUCAUCAGAGUUAAAUAUCUUUUCCAUGUCAUGUCCAAACUCGUUUCACCCAACGGAAAGAUUCUCGUUCCGGGGAUUUAUGACGACGUGGCACCCGUCACUGAGGCUGAGGAUAAGCUUUACGAUAGCCUUGACUUCAACCUCUCAGAUAUCCAAAAUGCAAUGGACUCUAAAGUAACCAUUUUCAACACCGAAAAGGAAACACUUAUGGCACGCUGGCGAUUCCCGUCUCUUUCCCUGCACGGUAUCGAAGGUGCCUUCUAUUCUCCUGGCGCUAAAACAGUCAUUCCCGCAAAAGUUAUUGGCAAGUUUUCCAUCCGGUCUGUACCCAAUAUGGAUCCGGCCAAAAUCACCGAACUGGUUGAGAAAUAUAUCAAAGAAGAGUUUGAAAAGCUUGGAAGCAAGAAUACUAUCAAGGUUGAAUGUGGACAUGCCGGCAAGGCGUGGGUGGCAGACCCAAACCACUGGAACUUUGUUGCCGCGAACAAGGCGAUCGAAAAUGUUUUCAAAGUCAAGCCGGACUUGACACGUGAAGGCGGAUCGAUCCCUGUAACUCUGACAUUCCAGGAAGCCUUGGACAAAAACGUUCUUUUGCUUCCUAUGGGUCGAGCUGACGAUGGCGCUCACUCAAUCAACGAAAAAAUUGACAAGACCAACUACAUUGAGGGAAUCAAACUUUUGGCAUCUUACUUGCACGAGAUUGCUGUAGUCGCCGCGUAA